UUAGAGUAAAGCAAGUGUGCUACUUUUAUCCGAUAUUUAUUGUACUAUGCUAUUAUAAUAUAAGUCAUUGUAAUAUGAUUUUGAUUGUUCUUCGCUUCUUAUAGCUUUUUAAUAAUAUUGUUUUUAUUUUGUGCAUUCAAUUUUAUUAGGUAUUUAUUUAUUUUUAAUUCGCCGUUUGAACUAUGUAUUUUAGCUAUCUAAUGGUUUGGAAGUUUGUUAUGUGGUUUAUACUUUCUCUUUCGGCGACAUCAAAAAGUGAAAAAUUUGACCCAUCACCGUUUACUGAAAAUAAUGUGAAUAUUCAAGAUCAGUCGCCCGUGAAUAUUGUGUCUAAUCAGGCAAAAGUUUUAAAAUUGCCACCUUUAGAGUGUAGAAAAUUUGAAACUUUUGAAAAUUCGGAAGUGGUUAUAAGAAAUACAGGAACUACAGUUGACAUCGAAUUUCCUGAGGGAACUUUAAAUAUACCUGAAAUCACUGGAGGACCCUUGUUAAAUAUAUAUCAAUUCAAACAAAUACAUUUUCAUUGGGGUCAAGGGGAUGAAGGAAGUGAGCAUGAAAUCGACGGAAAAAGAUAUGCUAUGGAACUUCAUAUAGUUUUUUUCAAUGAAAUAUUAAAAUCUUAUGACGAAGCUAUAAAAUCACCUACAGGUUUAACCGUUAUCAGUAUACUAGGACAGAUAAGUAGUGAAAAUAAUACAGAUUUAGAUGCAUUUAUUGGCGACUUACAACAGUUAUCUUCACCUAAUUCAGAAAUAAGAAAAAAUUUUAUUUCACAAUUCUCUUGGAUUAAUAAUUCUAUAUCACAUAAUUAUUACUCAUACCAUGGUUCAUUGACAACUCCACCACACAGUGGAUCUAUAAUUUGGAUUUUGAUGACCAAUGUCUUUAACAUAUCUUCGACGCAGAUGGGGGAAUUCAGGCAUUUACAUUCAAAAACCGGGGAUAAAUGCAUAGAUUCAAAUUUUAGAACACUUCAAGACCUUAAUGGCAGAACAAUAUAUUAUAGUCCUUAGAGUCGGUCUAACAGCGGAUUGAGGCCUGGGUCAAUAUUUUUAGCGUAGAAAAUGAAUCUAAUUUUUGAUGAUUAUGAUAAUUAUGAAUAAUAAUUAGAAAAAAUAUAUAAUUAAGAAUCUUUUUAUUUUUUGAAUAGUAU